AUGACAAAUGAAUUUGGGUCGGACGCUGCGGUUUCUUAUGGUGAAUUGAAUCAUCGAGCUUUUGGCGAGAACACCAGGGUCAUCACGAUCCUCUUCUUCAUCUCCAUAUUGGUUUGUUGCCUGGAUAUCAUCGUCAUCGUCAGUUGCCGCUGCUGCAGUGCUAUCACAAAUUAUUUCUCUUCGAAAAGCUUGAAAAGGAAUAAUUUUAAUGAUUUGAAAAAAUCAACUGAUAAUAAUAUAAACAGUAAUGAUAAGAUUGUUGGUGAUGAUGAUGAUAAAGAUGGUGACGUCACAGAUGAGGACAAAGAUGUCAGAUCAUCAUCUUCCUCUUGCUGCAACGAAAAACUUCAGUGUGGUGACGGCGACGAGAUGAAUGACGAAAGGAAAAAUGUUGACGAAAAUGAUCUCAACAAUGAAAAUACGAAAAAAGAAUUAUUAAAAAAUUCAGCCAAUAAAAAAGCAGUAUCAGGAUCGUGUGCAGCUGACGUCAGAAAGCCAUCAUUAACUUCCCAGCCAAUUAGAGCAACCCAUACAUUAAUAUCAAAAAAAUCGUCGUCGUCAUCAUCACCAUCAUCUCAUCAGUUGGUUUCAUCAUCGUUGCCCUAUGAAAGGUUUGUUAAAAUUCGAAACAGGAACUGUUGUGGCGUCACUGAUCUCCAUAGCGACCAUUGCGUCAUCAACACUGACUACAACAACAACGAAAACAACAACGACAACAACAAAAACAGCAUCAACAACAACAAACUCUACAUUGGUCAAAACAUUGACAACACCAACACAAAUUUGAAACCAACAGAUGAUAUCACUAAUGAAGCAAACCUGGCUGGAAUGCUUGGAGCUGGUGGCAUCAACUUCAACAAAUCCGUCCAAUCAAAACGGCAGUCCUGGCCUCUGGCAACAGCAUCAAAACACACCGACCACAACGUCACACCGAAUGGAAUCGAAUUUAACCGAUUCUCACAAUCACUGCUUCAUUCGUACAAUCACCUUUCGCCAAUUUUUGCAGCAAGGACAAGCGCGAAGAAAAUAAAGUUUUCUCAAAGAAAGCGAUCUCUUAGCAAUUGCUAUAGUUCAGUUCCUACGAUGAGAAGUUUCCUUUUAGGAAGCUUCCCUGGGAGCAAAUUACAACUCAGCAACACAAGUUCUCAUGUUUUAUUCAACUGUUUAGAUGAAAACAAGCGACAAAGAUCAGACAGCUACAACAGCCACAACAAUAACAACGACAUCAGCCACAACAAUAACCACAACCACAGCUACGGAAAAAUGGAUACAUUAAAGAUGAUCAACAAUCUAAACGGAGAGGUAAGUGUGAUAAAGAACUCUCUGGAAGAAAUUAAAACCUCUUUGGAGCAGUUCAAAUCUCGAUUAGCAGAUAAGUUGUACCCGAACCACUCAGCUUUUAGAUUGACGCCGUUGUCGCCACUCUCGCCACCUGACGAAGAGAAGAAAAAAAUUAAUUUUAGAAAUAAUGACGAUAGCGGUUUCCAGUUCAAUCAAACCAUGAUGUGGGACAGUGAAGAGACCGGGUUUUAA